AUGGCCAAUUCUCUCAAAGAUUUCGAGGAAUACCUCACCUCCCUCGCCCCAGCGACCUCCACUAGCCCAUCCAUCCCCGGCGUCGUCCUGCUCGCCGCAAGCCGGGACCCUGCUAUCCCCCAAUAUAGUUUCUCCUGCGGAACCACCUCAGUCUCACCCUCUCGUAGCCCCGCUCCAGCCCUGACGCCCGCUAGCAGCUUCUGGUUCGCAUCCGCCACCAAACUCCUCACCUCCCUGGCAGCCCUGCAGCUUGUGGAGCGUGGCCUGUGGACGCUUCACCGUCCCGUCGCUGAAGCGGUGCCCGAGCUGGGAGCCCUGCAGCAUUUGACUGGCUGGAGUGAAGACGGCCUGCCAACUUAUGGGGAGGAUGUGAAUGGCAAGCGUGCAGGCGCGAGGGUCACGCUACGGCACUUGCUGACGCACACGAGCGGCAUGGGUUACCAUUUCCUCAAUCCCAAGUUGAUCCGGUGGUGGAAGUGGCGGGCUGAACAAGAGGGAAGGGAUGUGCAAGGGAGCUUUGGCGGGACUGUGACAGGGGGCCUGGGCGGCCCGCUGGUCAAUGAGCCGGGGACUGUGUGGGAGUAUGGGCCUGGAAUCGACUGGGCUGGGUUGCUGGUGGAGAGGAUCUAUGGAGAAGAAGAGGGAAAGUUGGGCAGGGUAAUUCAGAGAGAGGUGUUGGGGCCGGUGAACGUGAAGGAAAGAGAGGCCGUAUGGCGGAAGGCGGAUUUGAAAUGGAGCGAACAAGACGCGGAGGAGCGAUGGGUCGACAUGACUGCGAGAGGACCGGAGGGGUUGGUGCCCGCAGGUCCCAUGCCGCCAGAGAAUGCAACGCACGAUCUGGGCGGCUCUGGUAUCAGAUGCCCGGCACAAGACUGGAUCAAGGUCCUAGAGAGCCUUAUCAGGAACGACGGAAGGAUUCUGAAGCCCGAGACGGUGGAGAGGUAUCUGUACCAGCCUCAAUUGGUUGAUGGAGAGGGUCUGCUGGGAUCAAAGCUCAGCCAGAGCCAGCGAACUGUCUUUGCGGCCGGCCCAGGAGGGAGAAUGCUGUCAGGUGGCUUGCCGCUUCCAUCUAAGGAUGGAGAAGCUGAGGACGAGUAUGAGUACAACCACAGUCUGGCCGGCGCGCUGAGCAGGAAGAAAGGCGGAGAGGGAUGGGCAUUGCACUGGGGCGGAGCACCUAAUAUCGAGUGGUUCCUGGACCCUAAUGCUGGCGUAGGAGGUGUGUUUGCCACGCAGUUGCUGCCACCAGUGGACAAGCUGAUGUUGGAUCUGGCCGUCGACUUUCGGGAGAAGGUAAUUGAGGCGUUGGGAACGAAGUCAUAG